CUCAGGCCCGUACCGGCGCCCAGCCGGGGCCGCCUCCGGGGUGCCUCGGGGUCCCCGCGGCGCUGCGAGCAGAGCGAGGCCCGUCCGGCGCCCGCCGAGCUCCACGGCCGGGUUGGGUUUCACUGAACACCGCCGUAGGUGCCGGCGGCUGCCCCAGCGAUGGACAGCGAGAUGCAAAGGGAUGGCAGAAUCCUGGACCUGAUCGAUGACGCGUGGAGGGAAGAUAAACUGCCGUACGAGGACGUGGCCAUCCCUCUGAAUGAGCUUCCUGAACCAGAGCAAGACAACGGUGGCACAACCGAGUCUGUGAAAGAACAAGAGAUGAAGUGGACAGAUUUGGCUCUCCAGUAUCUCCAUGAAAACAUUCCACCUACAGGAAACUAGUGAACUGGUGAGAUUUCCUGCAGUGGAUGCAGGAAUGGAGUAUAAAAACAUGUCCUUCAGCUCACUGCCACUGUCAUACACUUCUCUAAGCAGCGUUUCUGAAGAAGGAUUGGAUUCAAACAAUGGUUCUGCUCACAGUGACCCAGCAGUUUCAAAUGCCUGUGUGACAAGUGUGGCAUAACAAUGGCUUCCUGACACCUCAGACCUAACAGCACAAUGUUUCUCAUGUAAAAUUCCUUCAGAUCCUCUGCUAAAUUGUUUUGAUGUUGAUGCCAAUUGGGAUCUUAAAUGUUUUCCACAUAUGAUAAAAGUAGUUUUUACUGUC